AUGUACGUGGCCAUGGGGGUUGGUGGAAUUGAUGGUGUUGGUGGAACAAGUUGGGGACCUAGUGGUGGUACAGGUGGUUGGGGUUAUAGCAGUAAGGGUGGAGGUGCAGGUGGUUGGGGUGAUAGCAGUAAGGGUGGAGGUGCACGUGGUGUCAUUUGGGGUGGCAGCAAGGGAGCUGAGAGUAAUAGUGGUGGCAAUCAAGGUGUUAAUAAUGGAUGUGGCCAUGGGAGUGUAAAUGAGAACAAAAAUAAUACUUUUUUUGGUGAGUUGGGCAGUGGUGGAACAAAUUGGGGACCUAGUGGUAGUACAGGUGGUUGGGGUGAUAGCAGUAAGGGUGGAGGUGCAGGUGAUGUCACUUGGGGUGGCAGCAAGGGAUCUGAGUGUAAUAGUGGUGGCAAUCAAGAUGGCAGUAAUGGAUGGAGCCAUGGGGGUAGUGAUAGUGGAUGGAGCAAUUCUCCUUGUGCCAAAAUUAAAAAUUCACCAGGAAAAUGGGAUAAUAAUCGUACUAAUGCUAGUGGUGGAAAUUGGGGUGGUGGUGGUGAUGGAACUAGUGGUUGGAGUGGGGGUGGGAGUGCUAGUUUUGGCAAUUGGGAUAACAAUGGGGAAGGUGGGCAUACUAGUGGUUACAAAAUGGGUCGCUCCAAUGACCAUGGUUAUGGACAAGGACAAGGACGUGGUCCUAAUCGUGGUCGAGGUCGUGGUCAAGGUCGUGGACGUGGACGUGGGCGUGACUCUUAUAACAUAGGGGAUGAGGACAACAAUCAUAGUGGUGGAACUAAUACUGGUUGUUGGAGUGGGGGUAGGAGUGCCAGUUUUGACAAUUGGGAUAACAAUGGGGAAGGUGGGCAUACUAGUGGUUACAAUAUGGGUUGCUCCAAUGAGCAUGGUUACGGACGAGGACGAGGACGUGGUCCUAAUCGUGGUCGAGGUUGUGGUGAAGGUUAUGGACGAGGCCGUGGCCAAGGUCGAGGGCGUGGACGUGGACGUGACUCUUAUAACAGAGGGGAUGAGGACAACAAUUAUACUUCCUUUAGUUGGUUGGGCAGUGGUGGAACUGAUAGUGCUGGUGGAACAAGUUGGGGACCUAGUGGCGGUAUAGGUGGUUGGGGUGAUAGCAGUAAGGGUAGAGGUGCAGGUGGUGGUACCUGGGGUGGCAGUUGGGGAGCUGAGAGUAACAGUGGCGGCAGCAAUGGACGUGGUCGUGGAUCUAGGGGUGACUGGAGUAGAAAUGCUGGCAGUGGCUGA